UCUGGAUAUAUUUACCCUCGACUCCUCACAUCAAACAUGCAUCAGCCUGCUAGCUCAGAAUUAUAGAGCAACAUACAGCUAAUUAAAUAAAGGCAUACAAUUAAAUAUACAAUCCUUGCUUUCUCCAUGUCCAAAUCAACCACCCUCACAAUCCCCCCCGCCCCUAAUCCCGCACUCCUCAGAUGCAUCAUCACUCAUCCACUCAGAAAGAUGCGAACAGCUACAUACUCCAAACGACGCUGUCCGAAUGAGCCCUCGUCAACAGCAGACUCCUCUCCUUACCAGACCAUACACACAGCCCCACCCACCGCCCCAUUGCCCUGGCACUGGCAAUGUCACAAAUGCAAUCAUAUUUGGCGAAUCGCCGUACGUCGGUGUCUGGGGUGCGGGCAUGCCAUGUGCACGAAGCGCGAGGGUGAGAGGGGGCGGGAUUGUAGGAUGGGGUUCGAUUAUGAGGGGUGGCAGCGGCGGUUUGCGUGGAGGGAGGUGAGACAAGAGGAGAAAGGAGAGGAGAGGAUUAUGACGUUGAGGCCAGGAAGAAGGCGGCUUGCGAUGGUCCAGUCUGAGCAGAGGGUAAGGAAGUAUAGUUGUUGGGAAGAUUGUAUGUAUCCGAGUCAGUGUGCUCAUGAGAGGGUGAGGUUCAAGGGUCGGUUGGAGACGAUUAGGGAGGACGAGUAUUGAGAUGGUCUUGGGGGUUUUGGUUUAUGUAUAUCUGAAUUUGUUCUGUAGUCUAAUUAGCCGU